AUGGGCAAAAAGCGCGUUCUCGUCGGAUACGGUGUUGACAUUGAUGCCGUAGCCGGAUGGCUUGGUUCAUACGGCGGCGAAGACAGUGUGAACGAUAUUAGUCGAGGACUCUGGGCCGGCCACGUUGGCACACCGCGACUUUUAAAGCUCUUCUCCAAAUAUAACAUCAAAGCCACCUGGUUUAUCCCCGGACACUCACUGGAGACAUUUCCAGAGGAGUGCGCGGCCGUGCGAGAUGCAGGACACGAAAUCGGACUUCAUGGAUACACGCACGAGAAUCCCAGUUGCAUGAGCGAGGAGCAACAACGUGAUAUCCUCGAUAAGACGUAUAAGCUACUUACUGAUUUCUGUGGGAAGCCACCACGCGGGAUUGUGGCGCCGUGGUGGGAGGCUAGUUCUGAGAUGGUGGAUCAGUUACUUGCGUAUGGAAUUGAGUAUGAUCAUUCGAUGUCGCAUGAGGAUUGUCAGAUGUACUGGUUACGGACUGGGGAUUCGUGGACGAAGAUCGAUUAUAGUCAAAAGGCGGAGACGUGGAUGAAGCCGCUUGAGCGGGGGAAGAUGACGGGGUUGGUGGAGAUUCCGGGAAGUUGGUAUAUUGAUGAUUUGCCGCCGAUGAUGUUUAUUAAGAAUUCGGCGAAUAGUCAUGGAUGGGUGAAUCCGAGGGAUGUGGAAGAUAUUUGGAAGGAUCAUUUCGAUUACUUCUAUCGUGAGUACGACGAGUUUGUCUUCCCAAUGACGAUUCAUCCGGAUGUUUCUGGCCGGCCGCAUGUGUUACUUAUGCAUGAAAGAAUUAUUGAACAUAUCAAUAAACACGAGGGAGUGGAAUGGGUAACAUUUGAGCAAAUGUGCGAUGAGUUUAAGAACAAGAACCAGCCUCCCGAGGGUGCAGUUAUGCCUGCGGCGCCGGGAAGUAUUCUCCAGGGCGGGAAUUAA